GACCGGAAGAGAUCAUGUGUUUGCAAGUUUCGUAAGAUUUUGAAGGACGUUCGGCUUUAUCUCCGUUACAGUGUGACCUUAACUCCUUCAAGACGUCGCGAUGGGCUCUAAGAUAAGUAAGGCUCCUAAGGCAGCACUGAGACCGAUGAAGAACAUGAAUGUGGAGGCUCGGGCGCACAGACUUCUGGAGCGGGACAAACCCAAACCCGCGCCUCAGUACCCCAGCACCAAGGAAGAGAUAGCAAGAGUACAGAAACUCCAUCCUGAAAUUGUGAAGCUGCAACAGACCAAAGAUGUCAGACUAGAUGAUUUCCUCAAGCAGGUCAGAGUGGAGUCACAUGACCCAGUACCUAAGACUAUUGAAGGAGAUAGAACAGAGGCUCUUCCAGAUUCUAGUCAAAUAUCAUCCAGUAAAAGACAAGUCUCUUCAGGUGAUUCACUGGAUGUUAGGGUAGUGACAGAAGGGAAGAUGACCGUUACCCAGAUUCUGGAGGUCCUUGUCAGACACAAGAAAGAUCCAGAGGAGUGGUCAGCGGAGAGGGUGUCUCAGGAAUUCAAUCUGGAGCUUGAACAUGCCCAAGGACUCUUAACGUACUUCAAAACUUUUGAAGUCAAGGCGUUUGGACAGAUCCCAGAGGAGAUCAAGAAACAAAUCAACCCUGGUACCAAGUCGGCACCAUGAGGUCACAUUUACCAAGAGAAGAACUUUAUGAAAUUAUGAAGUUAUGAAAAGAUCCCUAGCCUUCUAUUUGAACAAGAGACUUAAUAGAAUUGUUUGUAGAUGAUUGAUUGAUUGUGUAUAAAGUAGAGUCAUGUGGAUUCAUCUAUCACACUGCAGUUGUCUCUCAGUAAUUAAAGCAUCAUUGAUCGACUUGUUACUGUUAGGAGCAUUCUUGGUUUUAGUAUACUGGUAGUAUUUAUACUAUUGUGUACACAUAAAUCCCUUGUCAUUUUGUAAAGCAUAACAUAUUAACAUAUACAUGUGUAUAAAGAAUGACUCCAGUCUUGUGUAUUGUGAAACCUACAGUUGUAUUUGUGUCCAGUCAAAAAAUGAACUUUUUGGUACAGUGGUCUGUUCAUACUCGUUUACUAUGUAAGUUAUAAUCUUAGCUCUGAUUCUGAGACCUAUAUCAGGAAAAAAAUAAAAGAUAUGAACAUUGAA